UCCACAAAUCAAAUUUGUCUUCUUUUCCGCCACCACCUUUUAUUUCUAAGUGGCAAUGUGCUUCAAUAAGUUGCAACAAGCAAGCUAGUGCAUGGUGGAGCAAUUUUUGUUGUGUCCAUGGAGAAAAACUCUGUUGAUCCUAGUCCUUUGCUUUCUCCUUUAGGUGGUGAAACUGCAACCAAGACAUCGUUUUGUCUUGUGUCAGCUGCUAAAUGGACUCUCAAGACUUUGAUCUGCGUGAUCUUCGUUGCAUGGGUAGCUUUCAUUUUUCUGCUCCCUGCAAAUCCUGUGAAUGAGUUGUUCUCAAAAUGGAACAACCUCAACCGUGAAACCCCUUUUGGAGUCACAGGAAGCAUUUUUCUGCUCUUCAGUGCCCCGGUUCUCAUAAUUGCAUUUCUUGCCAUUGCACACCUAAUUCUUACCGGGGAUGAUCAGCUUCAUGGGAAGAAGAAUUCGAAGCAUCCAAGGUUCCGCCUAUGGACAUUUCCUGUGCUUGUCAAGGGACCAUUUGGGGUUGUUUCUGCCGCAGAGUUCAUUGGGAUUGUCCUCUUUAUGCUGUAUGUUAUCUGGGCUGUCUAUGCUUACUUUGUGAGAGCCCUUGGGUCUACCUCAUUCUUUGAAAAGGCGUCCAUUAGAGCCAAGAGCAUGUUCCUGUUGGAAAUUAUGGGACUUCGCACGGGUGGGAUUGGGUUAAUGUGUUUAGCUUUCCUAUUUAUCCCAGUUUCAAGAGGAUCUGUUCUUCUCCGCUAUAUAGAUAUCCCUUUUGAACAUGCCACAAGAUAUCAUGUAUGGCUGGGACACCUCACAAUGGUGCUUUUUACUCUCCAUGGACUCUUGUAUGUUAUUCCAUGGGCAAUGGAUGGCCGCCUUGUACAAGAAUUAGUACAAUGGAAAGAUAUUGGUGUUGCCAAUCUCCCAGGGGUUAUCAGCCUUCUAGCUGGUUUGUUUAUGUGGGUGACCUCUCUUCCCGGAGUGCGAACAAGGAACUUUGAGUUGUUUUUCUACACCCACCAAUUAUAUGUAGUCUUUGUUGUCUUUUUGGCAUUGCAUGUUGGUGACUUUAUUUUCACUAUGGCUGCUGGGGGAAUAUUUCUUUUUGUGCUUGAUCGAUUUCUGAGGUUCUGCCAAUCACGAAGGAAAGUUAAUAUAAUCUCAUCUAGAUGCCUUCCAUGCGGCACUGUGGAGUUGGUUCUGUCAAAACCUCAAAGUUUGAGAUACAAUGCACUAAGUUUCAUUUUCCUUCAAGUCCGGGAACUAUCAUGGCUGCAGUGGCAUCCAUUCAGUGUUUCUUCUAGCCCUUUGGAUGGAAAUCAUCACCUUGCUGUUCUCAUAAAGGUUCUUGGCAAAUGGACAGAAAGGUUGAGAGAAAGGAUUACUGAUGUUGAUGUGUCGGUCAUAACAACUUCGGUUGAGGGGCCAUAUGGGCAUGAAGUACCAUACCACUUGAUGUAUGAAAAUCUUAUAUUGGUGGCUGGUGGUAUUGGACUUUCACCCUUCCUUGCAAUAUUGAGUGACAUUCUCCACCGUGUUAGGGAGGGGAAACCCUGUCAACCAAGAAACAUUUUACUUGUUUGGGCGGUGAAAAAAUCAAACGAGCUUCCACUUCUUUCAUCCAUUGACAUGGAAACAUUAUGUCCAUCCUUUUCAGAUAAAGUAAACAUUGAUAUUCAUAUCUAUGUCACCCGAGAAUCAGAUCCUCCAGUGGAAGAGGGAUACAGUUACAAACCAAUAAAAUCUUCAUUCUGCCCUGUCGCUAGUGAUUGUGGCAUGUCAGUUUUGGUUGGUACAGGAAACAAUUUUUGGUCUGGACUAUAUGUCAUCUCAUCCACCGUUGGCUUUAUGCUAUUGCUGAUUUUGUUGUAUGUUUACUACAUCAACCCAUUUGGCAUAUAUCAAUGGUGGUACAAGGGACUACUAUUUGUAAUCUGCAUGGUUGCAAGUGUUGUUAUCUUUGGUGGUUUUGUUGUUGCAUUGUGGCAUAUUUGGGAAAAGCAAAGUUCUAUGAAGGAUAUGUCCAAUAAUAUAAAGGUUAAUAAGAUUCAGCAAAAUGGCAAUUUGGCUCACAAGGAUCAAAGUCAAGACAGUCUUGCAAAGUCAACUGUCAUUCGUUAUGGUUCCAGGCCAGACUUUAAAGGAAUUUAUGAAUUGAUGUCAGAGAAAUGGAGCCAUGUUGAUGUGGGUGUCAUAGUUUGUGGCCCUCCAACACUUCAGACAAGUGUGGCAGAAGAAAUCAGGGCACACAGUGUGUCAAGACAACGCCAUCAUCCCAUCUUCCAUUUCCACAGUCAUAGCUUUGAUCUCUAGCUCCACAUUAGGAAUAUGGAAGACAUGCAUUCACUAAAGAAAAAGCAUAUAUAUUUUGAUAUGUAUGUAUAUUGUAUAUAGCAGUAGUCCAGUUUUACGACCCUUUGCAGGAUAAGGUGCUAUAAUCCUUAGAAGGCUUCUAAUUUUACUCCUUAUGGAAUGUAUGCUAUCACUAGACAUAUGUUCGGAAUUGCAGCUUCAGAGUUGCUAGUGUGUAUA